AUGACGGUUACGAUCGACCAUCCCGAAGUGAUCGAUGUUCAAGGUGCAAGUCCUUACCAUGGUGCCGAUGAAAGGGUUAAUGAAGAUGAUGUGGUUUCAACUCAUAUUGCCGAGGUCGAACUCGAUCAAUUUAGGGAAGCUUCCACUCAAUUGGACAUUGCUUUGAAUCAACAGAUACAACCCAAGAGAGUAUUUGAAAAAGGGUAA